CCUAGUGAAAGCUAGGGAAGGAGACGACAUCUGAGAGCCCUGGGUCACCCUACCCCAUCCAGCCUCUAUCAUUGCUGCUUUGUUCCAUAUUUAGCCCCUGACAACUGUGUGUAGUGCAGGAACUUCCAGCUCUGUUUUUUCCCUCCCCCCUCUGCCGUCUCCACUCCCUGAGAGCUUUCAGAAACUGCUUUCUUUUUCCCCCGUGGCCUUAACUUACUGCCCCUACACCCAAGAAGAUGGCAGAGAAGCAGGAGGAGCCCAGCAGCGCUCAGAACGGUGAACCUGACAACGCCGAAGAGGGCGAGGGAAAAAAGAAGAAGAAGGUGAAGCGGGAAGACCUGCCACCCUUUGAAAUUGUGACAGGGGAGCGCCUCCCAGCCAUAUUUUUCAAAUUCCAGUUCAGGAACGUGGAAUACAGCUCAGGCAGGAACAAAACCUUCCUGUGCUACGUUGUGGAGACCCAAGGCAAAGAGUCAGUGACUUCUCGGGGCUACCUGGAAGAUGAGCACGCAGCUGCCCACGCAGAAAUUGCUUUCUUUAACACAAUUUUGCCCAAGUGCGAAUCAAGUCUCCGCUACAACGUCACCUGGUACGUCUCCUCCAGUCCCUGCGUGACCUGCGCUGAUCGGAUAACCGAGACCCUAAGGAAGAACAAGAACCUGCGCCUGACGAUCAUGGUGGGGCGCCUCUUCAUGUGGGAAGAGCCAGAAAUGCAGGCUGCUCUGAAAAAAAUGAAGUCGGCUGGCUGCAAGCUGAGGAUUAUGAAGCCUCAAGACUUUGAGUAUGUCUGGCAGAACUUUGUGGAACAGGAGGAAGGAGAGGAAGCAAAGGCGUUCGUGCCAUGGGAGGACAUUCAAGAGAACUUCCAGUAUUACGAGGAAAAGCUGGCUGAGAUUCUGCACUGAAGCUCACGACCAACUCAGGGAAGAUCUGCGAACAGAGAUGUGGCAGACUCGACAUCUAGGACACUCCUGCUUUCCGAAGCUUUGACUCCAGCAGAUGCAGUACUAACUCCUGCAAGAUUAGGCUCUGAUGGACUACCAAUACACGUACAGCACCUUCGGUGUCUGGGAUUUCCUGGUUUAUUUUUUGUUCUUCUCCACCCACCCUCCCUCUCCCCCCUCCCCAACAAACCUGGGCUGCCUCUGCUGUAAGAAAAGGCAACAAACUGCGUGGCUUAAGCCUCGAAAUGGAGCGCAGCGGAUCAGCAGGACACGGGCGUAGGCCUCGCAUACCAGGACUACUUUAGGAGAAGAGAUCGUAGAACAAAGCUGCUGAUUAGAUAAAUGUGCCUAGAAAGAAUAUACUUCAUAAACAUUAAAAAGAAAGGGAGUUAAGAUGAAUAAAAGUUUUAUUCUUUGUCCUUCUCACUGAUUGUAACUGAUUUAACUUAGGGUUAACUCAUCGAUUGUACAGUUGUGACGGAGCCAACAGUACUUCAUUUCAAAUGCAUCAAAUACCUUUCUCCCCUUGUUCAGUGAUGUCUGUGAUAUAAAACUGGGAAAAGGAAAGUGAAAUAAAAUUGGAAACCUCUAAAAAGAA